AUGGGGCCCCCUACUGACCCCAGGCCCUCGGGCAGUGCCCGAGUUUCCAAAUGGUCAGUCCGCCCCUUGUGCCCUGAUGAUCGGUGUAGCCGCAUCAGUGCCACCUGUCAGUGUCCAUCAAGGCCACCUGUCAGUGCUCAUCAAUGCCACCUGCCAGUACCCAUCAGUGCCACAUCAAUGCUACAUAUCAGUGCCUACCAGUGCACAUCAAUGCCACAUAUCAGUGCCCAUCUGAGCUGCCUUUCUAUGUUACCUAUCGGUGCCAGUCAGUGCUGCCUAUCAAUGCCAGUCAGUGCUGCCUAUCAGUGCCAACUUUCAGUGCAUAUCAGUGCGCAUCAGUGAUGCCUAACAGUGCUUGUCAGUGCUGCCUAACAGUGCCAGUCAGUGUCACCUAUCAGUGCCAGUCAGUGCCACCUAUCAGUGCCACCUAUCAGUGCUAUAUAUGAGUGCUGCAUUUCAGUGCCCAUCAGUGAUGCAUGUCAAUGCCCAUCAGUGACACCUACCAGUGCCUCCUCAUCAGUGCCCAUAAGUGCCGCCUAUCAGUACCCAUCACUGCAGUCUCAUUAGCGUACAUCAGUGAAGGAGAAAAAUCACUUAUUUACAAAACUGUAUAACAGAAACUAAGAAAAAAACUUUUUUUUUUCAAAAUGUUCAGUUGUUUUUGGUUUGUUUAGCAACAAAUAA